AUGCAGGGAACAUCAGGGAGAGGUGACCUGCCGCCAACAAAAACAAUUAUUGUCUACAGGAACGGGGAUGCUUUCUUUCCCGGAAGAAAAAUAGUUGUGAACCCGCGUCAGGUGGGAACUUUUGACAAUUUCUUGACCUCUUUAACUAGAGGGCUUGAAACUCCGUUUGGCGCCGUGAGGAGGCUGUACACUCCCAAGCAGGGCCACAGAGUCGAGCGUUUGGACGACUUGACGCACGGGGGGGUGUAUGUGGCAGCGAGAAAUGAGCCUUUCAAAAGACUGAACUAUUGUGAGAUAACAACCAAGAAAUCACCAAACAAGAAGAAAGAACAGAUCCGUCCUGUUGUUCACAGCAGAAUUGUGGUUUCAGCCCGCUGGGGGAGAACUACAGAUGAGUCUUGCACAAUACAUGUCUUUACCAACGGAGAAAUCCUGGUUCCUCCAGUUCGAAUACGGAUUCCUAAGCAAACUCUCCGAAGCUGGGAGAAUGUUUUAACCAUGGUGACAGACAAAGUGUGUCUUCGUACUGGUGCUGUGUACAGGCUUCACACAUUAGAUGGACAUCCUGUACUUGGUCCCACUGAGCUAGAGAACAACCAGCACUAUGUCGCAGUUGGUGCAGAAAGGUUUAAACCUCUCCCAUACGACCAGCGGGUCCCCAACAGGGAUUUAGUCAGGGGAAACCAUGUGGCUGAAGGCCAAGACAUCCAGCCCACUAUUAGAAAGACAAGACAAGCGAAGGCUGCGUUUGCUCACACAGGCGGUGAAGAGGACCUUGAGCACACAGCCAGGGGCCAGAUGAAGAAACACACAGCCAAGCUGGAGAGAACCAAACAACAGAGGCAGGUGUCCAGGAUCCCAGUUCUCUUCCCAGUAGGGGAAUGCAGCGUGUUCAAUGCACAAAACAAAAGAAGUGAGACGGCAGGAGCAACAGAGGUGCAGGAAGACCGCCAGUUGAAGGUGGAUCUCCCAAUUGAUCAGGUUGAGGCCAAGAUAGUUGACGAGGAAUAUGAGGAUGGGAGGUGUACUGUAAGUCCCUAUAAGGACUCCCUCCAUGAUUCAGAUGGGUUGUGUCUGCAGAGGUCUUUGUCUGCAGGUUUCAGGAAGGAUGAGGCUAAGGAGAGGGAGGUGUCUUCUAGGCUCGGCAGAAUGCGGUCACGGAUGUUCUGGUUUUUCAAGGGUGGUUAUCACUGUCUGCCCUUCAAUCUGAGGUUCGCUAUGUCAGUGUGA